GCGCGCGCACCGAGCCGCCCUCCCCAUGCUGCCUGCAUGCCUGGCCCGCGGGCUGCUGGUGUCCUUGCGGCGGUCUGCGCCCACGGCUGCGCGCCCUGGCCUCCGGGAACAACUCCACGGUAGGAGAUGUGCGGCCGCCGACUCCUCGGAGCGCCCUUCGGACCGGGGACGCGGGCCUCCUCGUGGCCCGACGACAAUAAGGGGCUUCGAAGGAAGGGAUGACCCAGAGGAGCGUUUUCUGUUCCCCGAGUAUGUGGCCGAGCCCGAGCCCGAGCCCGAACCAGCCCUCGAAGAGCAACUGCGGGAGCUGCAGCAGCGUCAGGAAGAGGAGGAGCGCCAGAAGCUGCAGCAGCGAGAAGAGCGGUGGCUUCGGAGGCUACGAGCCCAGCCCCGGGAGCCCCGGGUGCUGGGACACCCGGACUGGUCCGUGCCGCCCAGCGGCCUCAACUGCUCGGGAUGCGGGGCGGAGCUGCACUGCCAGGACCCUGGCCUGCCGGGUUACCUGCCCAGCGAGAAGUUCGCCAGCGCGACGGCGCGGACCGUGUGCCAGCGCUGCUGGCUGCUGGUGCAUCACCGGCGCGCCCUGCGCUUGCAGGUGAGUCGCGAGCAAUACCUGGAGCUGGUGAGCUCGGCGCUGCGGCGGCCCGGGCCCGCCCUCGUCCUCUACAUGGUGGACCUGCUGGAUCUCCCUGACGCCUUGCUGCCGGACCUGCCCGCGCUGGUGGGCCCCAAGCAGCUGAUCGUGCUGGGCAACAAAGUGGACCUGUUGCCCCAGGACUCGCCCAACUAUAGGCAGCGGCUCCGGGAGCGGCUCCGGGACGAAUGUGCCCGAGCCGGGCUGCUGCCGCCCGCAGACCCGCGGGGCUCACCGCAUCCCAGCGGAGACGGGCCGAGGGACGGGGAGGAGGACUCGAACCCUUCGGCCAGGGCCCGCCCUUUGCUCAGGGACGUGAGGCUGAUCAGCGCCAAGACGGGCUACGGCGUGGAAGAGUUGAUCUCCGCUCUCCAGCGCUCCUGGCGCUACCGCGGCGACGUCUACCUGGUGGGUGCCACCAACGCGGGCAAGUCCACGCUCUUCAACACGCUCCUGGAGUCCGACUACUGCAUCGCCAAGGGUGCUGAGGCCAUCGACAGAGCCACCAUCUCCCCCUGGCCAGGAACUACUUUAAACCUUCUGAAGUUUCCUAUUUGCAACCCAACUCCUUACAGAAUGUUUGAAAGGCAAAAAAGGCUGAAAAAAGAGGCAACUAAAGAUGAAAAAGAUCUGAGUCAGCAGGAACAAAAUCAACUUAAUCUCUUAAAAAAGCAUGGUUAUGUCAUAGGAAGAGUUGGAAGAACAUUCUUGUAUUCGGAAGAACGGAACAGAACGGACUUUGAGUUUGACGCUGACUCUCUUGCCUUUGACAUGGAAAACGAACCUGUUCCAGUCGCUGAUAAAUCUAGGGAGCGAGUGGAACUGACCCCACAAGACGUGAAAGAUGCUCACUGGUUUUAUGACACCCCUGGAAUCACAAAAGAAAAUUGUAUCUUAAAUCUGUUAACAGAAAAAGAAGUAAACAUUGUUUUGCCUACACACUCCAUUGUUCCAAGAACUUUUAUACUUAAACCUGGAAUGGUUCUAUUUUUGGGUGCCAUAGGCCGCAUUGAUUUCCUGCAGGGAAAUCAAUCAGCUUGGUUUACAGUUGUGGCUUCCAACUUCCUCCCUGUGCACAUUACUUCCCUGGACAAGGCAGAGACUGUGUACGAGAAGCACGCGGGUCACAUGUUGCUCAAGGUGCCAGAGGGUGGGAAGGAACGCAUGGCGGGAUUUCCCCCUCUUGUUGCUGAAGACAUUACUUUAGAAGAAGGACUUGGGGACACUGAAGCAGUAGCUGACAUCAAGUUUUCCUCUGCAGGCUGGGUCGCCGUGACACCACAGUUUAAGGACAGGCUGCAACUCCGAGGCUACACACCUCAAGGAACAGCUCUGACAGUCCGGGCCCCUCUCUUGCCACACAUCGUUCAUGUCAAAGGAGAACGCAUCAGGAAGAGCGUCGCCUACAAAACCAAGAAGCCUCCUUCCCUUGUGUACAAUCUGCGGAAGAAGAAAAAGUAGAUCCACAUGUGAAGCCAACUGACCCUCUUUGUGCCGAGUAUCAUCUGUGCUGAAUGUAACCAUAUACUUUGAAUUAUAUUAAAUAU